UACAAACUUGAAAAUAGGAGUCUAAUAAGAUUUAAUAAGGGUUAAAAUAUUAGAUGAAUGGUAGUCAAAAUUAAUAGUAGAGAAGUGUCCCAAGUCUUCUAUUUUCUCUAACCAAGUAUGAUCCCACCCAUCCAACUGUGAAAAAUUAGGAGGUGCAUUGAACUGUUACACCGCUACCGUACCGGAAAAUUUCCCGUCAUCCUUAUCCUGCGCAUACCGCUACUCCCACUCUAACCGUCAUGGCGGCUAUACCCGAAACACACCCACCGCCGCCUGAGCCUCCAAUCACAUCCUUACCUGAAACCGUACCGGCAACAACAGCACAACCAAACGCCAAUAUCACCCUUCCUCCCACGUUAGCUCCGAAACGGCGACGUCGUCCGAGCGUCCGCUUAGGCGAAAUCGGCGACCAACACGGCAUCUCACGCCUCCAUAACCAUCCGCCGUGGAGCUGGCGACUUUCAAAGGAAUCUUCCAGAACAUCCAAAGCCCGAACAGUGACGAAUCGCGCGAAUGAAAUCAUCGAUUUCGGUAACGACCGAAGAGGUAAAGCAAAACGAGGCUCAACGAAACGGUUGAGGUCGGAUUAUGCUCCGAAACCGAUCGUCGAGAACGGAUGCAAAAAAGUCAAAAAUCUCGAUCAUGAUCACGAUCUUGAUCGAAAUAGUCCUGCACAUUCUGUAGAUGCGAACGGGAACGGGAAUGGGAACGGGAACGAUUACUGGCACGCAAAUCUUCACAACGAUAACAGAAUUAGGGUUUCGGAAAAUGAAGGUGUUGAAUCAGAAUCAAGGGAACAAAGAAAAAACGAAGGAGUUUGGUGCUGGUUAUUUGAUUUAGGGUUGAGUAGGUAUGCUCCAAUGUUUGAGAUUCAUGAGGUGGAUGAUGAGUUACUUCCCAUGUUGACAUUGGAAGAUCUCAAGGAUAUGGGAAUUAGUGCUGUUGGUUCAAGAAGGAAGAUGUAUACUGCAAUUCAGAAACUUCGAAAAGGGUUUCCAUGAUCAUGAUUCAUUGCAUCUUGUGAUAAGAUCCAUCUUCAACCUAUGUAAGUAUGAAUGUAUAUAUGUAUGUAUCAUGUAUGUGUAAUGUAUAGUAUUAGUUAUGUAUAUGUGUGUAAUGUGUAGAAGAAGUAAGUAGCCGGGUUUUAAAUAGCGGUUGCGGCGAUCACAUUACAGUUUCGAAAACAUAUAAAAUAGAUUUUUGCAGCUGGAAUUGUGGUCCCAGACCUUUAUUUAAAACCCUGGUAGUUAUUUUUUCUUGACUUUAUAUGUUUUCAUGUUUUGUGGCUUGAAAUUGUGAAUAGAAAGAAAUGUACCCAUGUAAGAGGUUUUUUUGUUGUUGUUGUAUAUCUCAUGUGAUUAAUAGUGAAUUGGCAUCGCGCCGUCUUUA